AUGUAUCCGUUUGGGACGAGCCGGUGGUCCAAAUCGUUGGGACCGUUCAUUGUGUGCAUUAUAUGGCUGUUAGGCGUGGCGUUGGGUUCAGUCAUUUGGUACAACUCGACGGCCGAACCGUUUCAGGUGUCGAACCAAACGUAUUACGACUGUCGGGAGACGUGGAGCGUGGAGUCGGGCCGCGCCUACACUCUGGCCAUAUUCGCCAUCACAUUCGCUCUGCCCCUCUGUAUACUGACUUACGUUUAUGGGGCCGUCGGCUACAAAAUGAUCCGACACUCGACCCCCGGCAACGCCGACGCCGCCCGCGACGAGGCCCAGCACUUGGCCAAAGUCAAACUAUUGAUAUCAUUCAAGAGGGAAUGGCUGGAGGGUCUGUACGAGACAGAGGCCGGCAAUCAGAUAUAUGUGGCGCUCAUUAUAGCAGCGCAUUGGCUAUCGAUGGCGAACUCGUUUGUCAAUCCAGUCAUCUAUUGUUUUAUGAGCGAUAACUUCAGAACAGAUCUCAAGUGUUUGGCGACAGCCCGGUGUCCGCGACGGUAUCAAAAGUCAUACACUGGCGCCUAUGGCGGCGCCGGUGACCGCUCUCUCAACGGCCAAAAGCGGUCAUUACGUAAAAUAAGAUUCAAGAGCUCACUGGCAGCCAAUGGUAAUACAGAAACCACAUCCAUUAAUCAAACCUCUCCUUCACUAGCCUUAAGUCCCAAUUCUACCAUAAGAUCAAUUGUCGGACACAUUCAAAGGCCCGCCGCCUCCCAGUCCGCAGCCAACGCCGCCGCCAUUAUCGGUACCCCUUUCGCUGAUGGCGACCACAAAGCCGAUGGUAAAACACCUUACAAUCAGAUGACCGUUAUUAAGAUGAGACGCUUAGCGAAUAACAAUAAUGUUGAUAAUGAUGGCAACUUUGGUGGCGUUGAUAAUGCCUUACAAUUGUCGUGCGAGAACUGCACCGUCGGCUACAAAGCACCGGACGGUCGUUGA